ACCGAAGGCUUGACCGGUCCACGGAGGUUUUUGAUCAAAUAAAUAUUAAAAUUUUAAUUCCUUCCGUAAGUUUACUUUUAAUUUAGUUCCUCAAUAUUUCACCAUACUCUUGAUUAGAUUCACAUACAUUCAAAUGUAGUCUUUGUUGCAGUGGGAAUUCAUUAUAAGGUUUGAUUAUCGUUUGAUGCAAUAUUUGGGAAGAAUUGUUAUAAGAAGUUGAGCAACCUUUUAUCAAAACCGUAUCUCGAAAUGGAGGAAUCAGGAAGCAACUUAAAGCAGGAAGUUUGGAAUGAUACACUAAAGACAAAAGGAAGAAAAUUUAAGAGCCACAUCGCGUCGUUACUGGAUUUAUUCGGAAGUUUGAUUAAAACUUCAGUGGAUGGUUAUGAAUUAUGCACACAUAUCACAGUCCCUAAAGAGUACGUUUCACUACGUGGAGAAAUAUCAGCUGAGUGGUUGAAAGAAUAUCAUGUUGUCAAUUGGAUCGAUUUCUCUUUCAAAUGCCAACAUUGUGAUUUGACAAUAAAAUCGCUCAAUUUAUACUGGAAGCAUCUGAAGGACAAUGAAGUUGAAAAAAUCAAAAUCAAAUGUUGUGAAGAAGAUUGCAACAAACAAUACUCAGCAUUAAAUUCUUAUAUCAACCAUGCAAUCAAAAUUCAUCACGAAUGUCUCGCUUAUUCAUGCUUUAUAUGUGGUCGAAUUUACUAUUCGAUUGGUUUUUUGAUUCAACAUUAUGCAGAUGAACAUCCAACGGUACGAGACAUUUACCCUUGCAUCGAAUGCGGUUAUUAUGCUCAAAGUUUCACUCAGCUGAAAUCUCAUUUUCACACUCAUAAAUCAAGUGAAAGUUCUGAUAGUUCUGAUGAUGAACCAUCUCAAAAGAAAAAAAAAUUAUUCAGUAAAUAUGGGAAGAAUGAUGACUCACGAAUGAAAGAUCGAAAACAUGGAAAGACUUAUGCAUGUCCUAAAUGUAAUCGAGUGCUUCUAACAAAACAAGGCUGGGAUUAUCAUCAACUUGUUCAUGCUAAUUCCAAACCAUUUGCUUGUAACAUUUGUGACGCAUCUUUUCGAUCCAAACAGACUUGUGAUGAGCAUCACAAAGCAUGCCAUUCCUAAUUUUUUUCUUUUCUAUUUUUACAUUUUUACUCAUCUCCAGAUCAGUAUUGAAUUAUUUUCCAUUGAUUGGUAAUUUUAUUCAAUAAAAAUAUGAAUUGAAAACGUAA